CCUUGCCUCUGGACCGGGGACCCCGAGACCCCUUCUGAAAGCUCUGCGGAGCCGCAUUGCGACGGGGGCUGGCCUUUCUGAAGCGGGUCUGAGACACAUUGCGAUUCGUUCCGAGGGAAUCAAGACGGGAGAGACGCCUUCGUCCGCGAGGGAGGCAGUUCCCGUCCGGGGAUCUUAGAAACCCUGCGGUCCAUCAUGAAGUUCCAGUAUAAGGAGGACCAUCCCUUUGAGUAUCGGAAAAAGGAAGGAGAAAAGAUCCGGAAGAAAUAUCCGGACCGGGUCCCUGUGAUCGUGGAGAAGGCUCCCAAGGCCAGGGUGCCUGAUCUGGACAAGAGGAAGUACCUAGUGCCCUCUGACCUCACUGUCGGCCAGUUCUACUUCUUGAUCCGGAAGAGGAUCCACCUGAGACCCGAAGACGCCUUAUUCUUCUUUGUCAACAACACCAUCCCUCCCACUAGCGCGACCAUGGGCCAGCUCUAUGAGGACAACCACGAGGAAGACGACUUCCUGUACGUGGCCUACAGUGACGAGAGUGUCUACGGGAAGGGAAACAGACUGCUGUGAGGUGAAGAGCCCUAUGAAAACACCCACAUGGCAAGGAAAUGAGCCUCCAGUCAAUAGCCAGUGAGGACCCUCUGAGACCAGCCAACACCCAUGUGAGUGAGCUUGGAAG